GUGAUGUUUUGUCAAGUAGCAUUCCCUAUAAUUGAAAAUAAAGUGUAAAUAUGUGGGCUAUUGUCCUCAGAACUGCGCCCCGCAGCUUUAUUUGAUUAAAUUCUACAGCAGUCUCCUUGCAAAUGGCAAUUCAAUGUCCGCUGCAGUGAUUGUUAACUAUGCCUCUUCAGCACUCAUUUAUCUGUCCCAUUUUUCUAGUUUGGAUAUGAAAAGCCAUGGUCGAAGCUUUACGUUCAUUUAUAUGAUCUACACUGUGUUUUUAUACCUUUGUAUGCCUUGUAAUUGCUCCUUUUGUUCCUAUCCUUCACCUUAUUUAUGCAAGUUCCUUUACCCACUAGUUAGUUGCAAAUUUAUAUCUGGUACAGGUUCUAAUAGUUCUUCAUUAUUGGCAUACGCUUUCCUCCUAUUAGGUCUUGCCCUCUUUGAUGGGUAAGCGGAAUGAGUUUCUCUUGCAAGAACUUCUUAGAAUGUGGUCAAACUAUCAAAAAAUGACCAUAGUAACAUCAGAAAUUCUUGCUUAUCUUGACCGCCAUUAUGUUCCCUUUUCUUCACGUCCUCCACUAAAGACCGUGGCUGCCGGUUGCUUUUUCAAUCUGGUAUUUCCUAAGAGUCCGAGAACAAUGAUUGAAUCUGUGGGUGAUGCUGUAGUUUCUUUGAUGAACCGAGAGCGUGAAGGAGAGGAGAUCAGUCACAAUCUCAUAAAUAGUUUUAUGGCUUUUACCACCGAUGGAAUUACAAUUCUCCCACAUCUAUAUGAUCCCGAUAUUGAAACCGCUAUUCGUGAUGGUGCCUUUUCUUAUUAUUCCCGAAAAGGUUUUGUGUGGUUUAUGAGAUGUACUUUCAAUUAUGUUUCGAAGUAUAAAGAAUGUCUGAUAAUGGAGAGCGAGAGGGCUGCUCGCUAUUUGAUUUUGAGCAGGGAUUUUCAGAGGCACUAUUUCGUUCAGCUUAUUGACGCAGCGCUAGUGGAAGCAUUCGAGAACGCAUUCCGAACCAAAAUGACCACUAUUGCUUUACGGGCACUGUCGCCGAGAAACUAUCCGACUUGGACCCCGAUGAUAGAAACAGAGAAGCAGCACAAUCUCAGGCAUAUGGAAAUGCACUUAAGACUUAAAGAGGAAUGGUAAGCUCUUAGUUUUCGAUUACACACAGAA